AUGUCUUCCUCCCAAGAGCUCCCAGCCAUUACUGUCCAAGCCCUUGAGGCAUCACUUAAAGCACAAAACCUGCUACUCAAGUCAAACACCCGUCUCGACAAUGCAGUGGCCAAUUGCGAGAAGAAUAAGAUCCCAUCCAUAGCGAUCUCUCCACUACAAGGCCAAUUCUUGUCCUUACUCUGCAAGAUGUCCAAUGCCAAAAACAUCCUCGAAGUCGGUACCUUGGGAGGUUACAGCACGAUCUGGUUCGCUGAGUCCGUUCCCGGUGUUCAUGUCACGAGUAUCGAAUUCAACGCCAAACACAGAGACGUCGCUUUGGACAAUACAAAGGACCUGGAUAACGUGAACAUCAUCCUCGGUGCCGCCGCGGACGUGAUAAAGCAGCUCAAGCAAGACGGCAAGGUCUUCGACCUCGUCUUUAUCGAUGCAAAUUGGGAUCAGCAGGCCGAGUACUUUGAUCUUGCGGUCGGUAUGACGAGGAAGGGUGGAGUGGUGUAUGUGGACAAUGUUGUGAGGAAUCUGCUUGAUGUGCCUGAAGAUGGAGAUAAGGCGGAUUGGAGUUUGAUUGAGCAUGUGAAGGGGGAUGAUAGGGUGGAGGCGACGGUUAUUCCGACGUUGAGUACGCAUAAGGUCAAAUUUGAGGAGAUGGUUGAUGGGUUUUUGUUGGCUUGGGUGAAGUAG